AUUGAAAUGUUUUUGUUACCCGAUCAACGAUGUUAUGUAGUAAUAAUGAGCGUUGGUAGUGAUUAAAUUAAACCAAUCAGAGUUUUGCCAAUCGACGAUCGAAUAACAGUGUAGAAGUUGCCGUUUUUCAACAAUGGAGUUUACUGAAUUGUUUGAAAGGCGCAAAGCUUGCGUAGGUUAUCUGAGUAACUAUGAGGUACUCGACAUUCUUCAAGGAGCAAGGUCGAACAGGCAGCAUCGCAAGCCCCAUAACCAGCUGGCGACAAUCACCUAUCAAACCAUAAGGUAUCUCGAGGACACGCCUUGCAAAAAACAAACCCCAGCCACCAUAAGUAGUUUUCUGAAAGCUGUUGAAGCAUUGAAACUGACUAAAUGUGAAAAGCUCAUGCUACUGAACUUGUGCCCUUCUACGGCGCUUGAGAUCCAACUGGUAAUAGAGGACAGUGAGGAACGAUUGACAGAGGAUGAAGUUAGUUCUCUGCUGCAAGUUAUUGCGAGCCACUUGACCAAUGAUGAUAUAGACAUCCCGGAGGCAGGUGACCAAGAGUAAUCUGAAGAGGAACAGAGUAAUUGUAUUUGGAUAAUAUUUUGCAUCUUAGCUGGUACCUCAUUUAUUUUAUUUAUGUACAUACGAUUAUAAUAAACGGCCAAAGUACCUAUGAAA